UGCCACACCACUGUCUGAGGCUAUUCUUAGGCUGUCACUUCAGCCCGUCCAAGCAGGCAGGUCCUCCUCUUUCUCCUCUCAGCUGCUGCGACUCGUUCUCUUCCUCUUCGAGCCGUCCCGUGUCUCCUGCAGCUGCCGGUGGGUUUUGUUCCAGAAACUCUGCUCUGACUUUGAAGGAUCUUUGUAGUUGUGUGGAAGAAGAAUGAGCACCUACACCGUGUCGCUGCCCGGCCCCGGGCCCUGGGGCUUCAGGCUGCAGGGGGGCAAGGACUUCAACAUGCCGCUGACCAUCUCCAGGAUCUCUCCAGGCAGCAAGGCGGCGCAGGGCAACCUGAUGCAGGGUGAUGUCAUCGUCGCCAUCGAUGGCGUCAGCACCGAGGGGAUGACUCACCUGGAGGCCCAGAACAAAAUCAAGAUGGCAAACUACAACCUGGCACUCACCAUGUCCAAGUCGAAGCGUCCGAUUCCGAUGGCGGCACCGAGAAUGGACGCCACGAUUCCCGUCGUCCCUCACCAGCAGGUUUUCCCCCCCGCCGCUCCACCUGCCGGCUUCAAUCCCAGCGUGCUGAUGGACUCCGCCCUCUCCACCAGCAAGCCCAUUGAAGUAAAAGGCCCCGGCGGUAAGGCCACCAUCAUCCACGCCCAGUACAACACGCCCAUCAGUAUGUAUUCACAGGACUCCAUCAUGGACGCCAUUGCGGGACAAACACAGACCAAGGGCCAUGACGCUGGUUCUGUCCCAGUCAUGGACCGCCUCGUGGACAGCGCCUCGCUGGUCUAUCAGGCCGUCCAGAGCACAGAGAAGGACCCGGAGCUGAGCGAAUGGAGCCGCCGCAGCACCAACGUGCAGUCCAAGUCCUUCCAGGUCCUGGCCCACAUGACCGGCACCGAGUCCUCGCUCACUGAAGAGGAGGCGGCGGCUGUGAAGAGGAGCAGCCUGAAGAGACAGCCUGCCGCUGGUUUCGGCCUCCAGUACAGAGCUGCAGUCUCCAGCCAGUACGGUGCACAUCCUACCAUGCAGCCGGCGCCACAAGUUCCACACCCACAGCAGUACCAGCCAAUACCACAGCAAUACCAACAUGCACCUAUGCAGCAAGCUCCACAAGCUCGGCCCCCACAGCAGUAUCAACCAAUGCCACAGCAGUACCAACAACCACCCACACAGCAGGCUCCACCCACUCAACAGAGCUCAAUUCAGAUCCCUGUUGGCUCCGCCCCCCCUAAGGUAGUCAGUACUGCCUGCAUCUACCCUUCACAGCCAGCACCACCUAUGGCUCCAGCUGCAGUGCCACCGCAGCACCGCCCUCCAGCCGCCGCCCCGGCCCCGCUUCUGGCUGCUCCAGCAUCCUCCAACAGACCCCCGUGGGUGACUGACUCAAACUUCGCUGAUAAGUUCGACCCCGGCAAGACCACCUCCAGCACCAUCAAGGUGCAGCCACUGCCCCAGGCCGCCCCUCCCCCACCAGCGUACAUCCCUAACCCCUCCCCUGCUGGGCAUGCAGCUCCCAGCCCCGCCCCCAUCACCCCCAGCCCUGGACCCAUGACCUCUAGCCCCGCCCCCUUUCCACCUGUGGCCAGAGGCGUGGCCCAAAGAGCGGAGAGGUUUGCAGCCAGCAGUCGCACGCCUCUAUGCGGGGCCUGCAACAGCGUCAUCAGGGGUCCAUUCCUGGUGGCCCUCGGCCGGUCCUGGCACCCCGAGGAGUUUAACUGUCACUACUGCCACAUGUCUCUGGCUGACGUCAGCUUCGUGGAGGAACAGAACAACGUGUACUGUGAGAACUGCUACGAAGAGUUUUUCGCCCCGACCUGCGCUCGCUGCAACACCAAGAUCAUGGGGGAAGUGAUGCACGCCCUACGGCAGACAUGGCACACCACCUGCUUUGUGUGCGCUGCCUGUGGGAAAGCCUUUGGAAACAGCCUCUUCCACAUGGAGGACGGAGAGCCGUACUGCGAGAAAGAUUACAUCGCGCUGUUCAGCACUAAGUGUCAUGGGUGCGACUUCCCAGUGGAAGCUGGCGAUAAGUUCAUCGAGGCUCUGGGUCACACCUGGCACGAUACCUGCUUUGUUUGUGCGGUCUGCCACGUGAACCUCGAGGGUCAGCCCUUCUACUCAAAGAAAGAUAAACCUCUGUGCAAGAAGCACGCUCACGCCAUCAACGUGUAAACCCGCCGGAUCACGCCUCAUCACGCCACCAACAUGUGUGGAAACGCUGGGUUUUUUUCUUUUUUUUGUGCAAAUUUCAAAUUUCUGCUGCCUGAUGAUUCUGCUUCAGAUCCAUCCGACCCGUCGCAUCACAGACUGUGGUUUAUUUUUCUACCCGAAAAAGUGUGUGUGUGUGUGAGAGACUGCUGAGCUGCAGAAAUACAGGUGACUGUAGGGAGUCUGCAAGGUGCCAAAUUAAAUAUUAUAUUUUUUAGUGUUUAAUAAUAAUAAUCAAACUUAUAACAACAAAAAUAUUAAACUGGCUAAGCUAUGCAAUAAGGAUUAAAUAGAUAUUUAAGUAAGUCUAAAUAAUAAUAUUAUAAUAUGAGGAAGAAAUUCUUUCUAAUAAAUAUCAAUAACAGAGUGUAUGAAGUAUGUUUAUUUUUCUCUUAAACACGGGGUUAAAGUAGUGGGAUAUUUAGGGUUAAGAGGGUUAAGAGAGUUUUUUUUAAUUAUUUUGAUAAAGUUAUUAUUUUCAUGAAAAAAAAUGUCAGAAAUAAAAAUUAUAAAGUUUUAUUAGUACUUUUUUUUGGCUUGGUUUGUAGUGUUUAAAAUUUCAAGUUAACUUGUGAAUUAUUUCAUAUGAAUGAAAUUACAAAUUUAUUAUAAUUAAACUUUGUAGAGUGGCACUCUCUGGACUCCGUAUAGCGGAUAUUGUUCUCACCAUUUUUGGACUAUUUUUGGUAAUGUGCCUCUGUUGACUGUUUGAAUGCGACUUUAAUAUUUUUAUUUCCCUUUUAGACUAAAAUAAAAUUAUAUGAAAGUUUUUAUGAGGCAAUACGAAGUGAAACAACAGACUGCAGAGAAGCUGAAAAAUCUAUAAACAGCAGCAAAUUGGAGAUAAAAAAGACUGAAAAGUGUUUCUGACGUUGCAACCUGUCAUCACUACUCCGACUCUGGGGGCAUGAACACACGACAGGUGACACGUUUCUGUGGCCCCGCCUGAGCAGGUGAACCUCCAGAUGUUUUAAAUGUGAAAACCGCAUCUAAACGCACAGAGAUACUGUAUGAGUGACGGAGUCUAGAUAAACUGGAAACGUUAAACUGACCACAGAAGCUGUUGGGCUCCAAGUGCAGGUGUGCUUCUGCUCUCACGCCGCACUAAGGUGCAUUUGGACUUGUUUGUUCAGGUGAACCUGCUCAGGUGAGACAGCUCUUCGACUUCACGUGCUUCGGGGGGAGAAAUAACCUUGAAUUUCAUAUUUAUUCGACAGUGUGAUCUUUAUUGAGACGCUAGUAUAUCGUCACUGCUGCGUGCAAAUGAUUAGUUAUUUGAUUCAUGUUUGUUUCAGAGCGUUUGGCAUCACGUGGUUAAGUUUAAGUACUGAUUUCAUGAUGAUUUAUGUGUGUGUGUGUUUUAACUACACUGUAAAUGUGAUAACCUUAGUCUGACUGUUAACAACACAAUGGCUCCGCCCACACUGCAGACCGUGAAUCCUCCCAAAUCUGAAAAAGAUUAGACUUUGUAUUUUCUUUAUUUUUUUUGUGGCAUCAAACAUGUGGCUGCUCUCAUGGUUGUAAAACACAGAAUAAUCUUAUAUGUACUUAGAUCAUUACAGUUGGGGAAACGGACUUCAGUGAAGGUUUUUAAAAGCGUUUCUCUGUUAAUUUUCAUACGUUUUUAAUACAAAGACAGUUUUUAGGAGCCUCUCUUGGCCAUUAAAGGAACAUCAGCAAACCACAACUUAAUUCAGAUCUUUCAUUUGACUUGUUCUCUGCUAAGACUUAAUCAUUAAGCACAUAAAGACUUUUUUACAUUUUAAAAACUACGCCAUGGUUCAUGUUCUAAUAACCAGUCACCCUAUUUUAGCGUCCUCCUGUGGCCACUAGAAGAAGUGCAGCUAAGCAAACAGAAACUCUUGGUGUAUUAAAAAAUUCUGUAAACAGAAGAAGCAUUGUGUUUCUGAAAGCUGGAUUUUCCUUUAAAAAAAUCUACGUUUUUGUUUUUUUACUUUGUUCCGCUUUUGUCAUUAAAGGCAGCAUGUUUUAGCACCACCUAGUGGCCAACAACAGAGCAAACCACAAUGUAAUUCAAUUCCAGUCCUUUGUUGAGUUAAACUCCGUUGUAAUGUUGGGUUGUGUUCAGUGGUUGAGAGGAGGCGGUCGAAACCUUAGCAGGAUAGCAGGAAGAAUACACGAUCACACUGGUACUGGGAAUUCCACAGCAUAUCCGUUAAUGCACCUCCUCUUCAUCAACCAUACAAGGCCCGGUUGAACGGCUGCUACUUAUCAAACAUGACACACAGUGUUCAUACAGCCCGUAACGUUGCAAAGGUUUCUGGAGAGCAAGCACUUUGUUCCCAUAAAUCAGAGAGGGCAGUGGUGCACACUAAUGACCUCAUAACCCCUUGACUUAUGUUACAUUAAAGAGACACCACACCACUGUGACUGUUACAAACGGAAUAAUAGAGUAUAUAAAAUAAUUAAAAUCAUCUGACUUUGUUUACUUCCCAAACUGAUUUAACACUGCUGUGGUGUUUUAGUGGCCUCUGGUGGUGAUUAGAGGAAGUGCAAUUGCGCAAAUGGAACUUUCAUUAUAUUAAAUCAUUCUAUAAACAGAAAAGACUUUGUGAUAAGUUUCUAAGAGAUGAAUUUAAAAAAUGACUAUAAUGGGGGGUUUUGUUGUAAUUUUUUCAAAUGUAAUUUUAUUUUUGCAUUUCACUACAAAUCGUUUUGGGAACAUCUAGAGGCCAUGAGAGGAACCCCAACUAACCCCCAUAACAAUAUAAUAUGAUUCUUUUUUGAAAAAUAAAAUAAAACUCACAUAAAAGAAUGAAAAGCAUCUGAACACACUUCGUAUGUUAUAGCAGCCUCAGGUGGCCACUAGAGGAACUGCAACUAAGCAAACAGAAACUUUCGGAAUUGUGAAACGUUUGGUAAAAGAACAAGAGGAGCUUGGAACUAAUUUUUAUUUUAUUUUUUUAAAGUACUACACUGUUUUCUGGAGAAAAAUUAGAUUUUUUCAUCUUUAAUUUGCUAGUACAGGCGAGGUGUUUUAGUUACACCUAGUGACCAGUAGAGGAACUGCAAAUAAGUAAGCUUUUGGGUUGAGCACAGCUUAUAAACUUUGGUUGUUGAGUAGUGUGAACGGAGCCUCUGAUUCUUUGAUUUAAACUUUAGUUUUAUUCUGUGAUUUAAAUGAAAGCGUUUGUCUCCCUGCAGAGAACCGUGCCUUUGCUGAAAUCCACCUCUGCUCGGUCUGACUGGCACACUGACCAGUUUGUGUGCCGGUGUACAGUUUUUACUCUGAAUUGUACUUUUAUACAGUUUGUGUGUUUUUCUGAGGAUGAAUGUGUGCAUGCGGCAUGUCAGGAUCAGUUUGUGAAAAAAAGACAAGCUAACGCGUCUGUUCACUGUUAUUUUUGAGUGUUUGUAAGUAAUGAUGUCAUACUGUGAGUGAAGAACUCUGCUUUACUUUUUGUUUAACAGGUUUUGAACAUUUGAAGAGUUUUUGUGUUGCAGGUUGAAUAAACUGAGCACUUCAAACACCUGGAAGCAUC